GAGGCACAGGGCUACUUCCCCGUCCUCCGUCUCCUCUCUGACAACCUCAGCUGAAGGAGGAGCUGGAGGGCACCUUGACCCGCAUGCACACACACUCCCUCACGGAGAAGAAAAUCUUGCAUGUACCUCCACCCUUUCCAUCACCAUCCUUGUGAAUGCCGGCGUUUUUGUCCCUGGAAUUCAUUUUACAGACAGAAUAACCAAGCAAUAGCGGAGGGAGGUGUGUGUAUAUGCAGUCCUGCCGGAGGGAGGGACUGAAGAAGGAGGUGUAGAGGAAAAGAGGAGGUUUGAGUGGCAGGUGCUGAUGCCAGACUCCCGGAGUGAGACGGGGAGACACUGAAGUGGGGAGACCAGAGGAGCGCAGCACGUGUGGCGGCAUUUUGGUAGCUGAGAGGACGGAAACACGUUCGUAUACACUCACAGCUGGGCAGAUGAGGAGGCUUCAAGCACCACCAUUCAGCCCUGGGUGCAAGUGACCCUGCCUGCAAUAGGCGAGGAGUCCAAGAACCAGGGCCAUGAUUGGCUCUCCUGGCCCUGGUGGGCGUGCCUUAAUGCCAUGGCCGAAGAUGUGGCGGGGGGUCCUGGCUGCUUCUCUGGUCACCGUCUUAACUUUGACGCUGCCAGGAAGUAGUCAGGCCUGCCCGCCACGUUGCGAGUGCUCGGCUCAGCUGAGGUCGGUGUCAUGUCAGCGGCGGCGGCUCACCAACAUCCCCGAAGGCAUCCCCACCGAGACACAACUCCUGGAUCUCAGCAAGAACCGACUCCGAUGGGUUCAAGCAGGCGAUCUGGCACCGUACCCCCGGCUGGAGGAAGUCGAUUUCAGUGAAAACCUUAUCGCUACAUUAGAGCCCAAUUCCUUCGCCAGUCUGCCCAGUCUUAAAGUGUUGAAGUUACGGGGCAACCAGCUAAAGUUAGUGCCUAUGGGGGCCUUUGCCAAGCUGGGCAAUCUGACCAGCCUGGACCUGAGUGAGAACAAGAUUGUCAUUCUAUUGGACUUCACCUUCCAGGACCUUAAGAGUCUAAAACAUCUGGAAGUGGGAGACAAUGACCUGGUUUAUAUUUCCCACAAGGCAUUCUCAGGUCUGCUGGGACUGGAAGAUCUCACCAUAGCUCGUUGUAACCUGACGUCCAUCUCAGGCCAAACGUUGUCCUAUUUACGCAGCCUGGUCACCCUCCGCCUCCGUCACCUCAGCAUCACGGCUCUUGAGGACCAGAAUUUCCGAAAGCUCUCAAACCUUCGAGGUCUGGACAUCAGUCACUGGCCCUACCUGGAGUACAUCUCCCCUCUUAGUUUCCAGGGUCUUGACCUCCACUGGCUGUCCAUUACCAACACCAACAUCACCUCUGUCCCCUCUGCUUCCUUCAAAAACAUGGUGCAUCUAACCCACCUCAACCUCUCCUACAACCCCAUCACAACACUGGAGCCCUGGGCCUUCAGAGACCUGCUGAGGUUGAAGGAGCUUAUCAUGGUCAGCACAGGCUUGAUGACGGUGGAGCCCCACGCCCUCGGAGGCCUCAGGCAGCUUCGGGUCCUCAACUUCUCAUCGAAUGACUUACAGACGUUGGAAGAGGGUUCCUUCCACUCUGUCAACAGUCUGGAGACCCUCAGAGUGGAUGGGAACCCUCUCAUGUGUGACUGCCGUCUGUUGUGGAUCCUGCAAAGGCGCAAGACCCUCAACUUUGACGGCAGGGUGCCUGUGUGUGCAGGGCCUGUGGAGGUGCAAGGCAUCAGCCUGAGUACCUUCACUGAUUCUGCACUCUUUGAUCAUUUUACAUGCCAGAAACCGAAAAUACGCAACCGCAAACUUCAGCAGGUGACAGCUCGUGAGGGCCAACCUGUGAGUUUCCUAUGUCGUGCUGAAGGAGAACCAGCUCCCGCCAUCGUCUGGAUUUCUCCACAACGCCGACGGAUCACAGCCAAGAGUUCGGGCCGCAUCACCGUUCUCCCGAGCGGCACUCUGGAGAUCCGCUACGCCCAGCUUACGGACAGCGGAACAUACAUCUGCAUUGCCAGCAACGCCGGAGGCAAUGACACCUACUUCGCCACACUCACAGUACGCGGCCAACCAUUGGACGCCGCCUCAGCCUUUUUUCUCAAUCGCUCUCUGUACAGCAGCGAGUUCUUCAAUGACACAAACCUGAACAGCACUCGGGUUUUCCUCAAGUUUACCUUGGACCUGACAACCAUCCUGGUCUCCACAGCAAUGGGUUGUAUCACCUUCCUCGGGGUGGUCCUCUUCUGUUUCCUGCUGCUGUUCGUGUGGAGCCGAGGACGCGGCCAACGCAAGAACAACUUCACAGUGGAGUACUCUUUCCGGAAAUCUGAGCCCACCACCGGGAGUUCUUCGGGAGGGACCAGGAAGUUCAACAUGAAGAUGAUAUGAAACAACGCAGCCAGGGGUCCCUCGGGGGAGGCAUGAGCACGUCCCAAAAACGUGUUUGACACACGCAAACGCACACAGCUGUUGACUCGCACAAAAACAACGUUUUGGCUCAGUUGAAAUCUAAUUAGCCCCGGCUCAGCCUAUAUUAAUUAUAGUUAAGAGUUGAGUCAUAAGUCUAGUUACAUUUCCCAUUUCUGCUCCUUUGCAGUUGGGAGAUCUAAGAGCCUGUUUCUAGACUUUUUCGCUAUCAAGUGAAGCAGGCCUUGUUAAUGAGCAUGCAUUGCAGGUUGAGGUAUAAGUGAUACUUCCAUACCACCGAAUGUUCAUGAGUCAGAUUGUCUACCCUUUCUUCCAGAGAGGUCAAAUCCUUCAUGAAUGUUACCAUUUGUAAUGUUUUCCACAUUAAAUUCAGGCUUAAACUUAUCAAAGAAGCUUUGAAUUGACAAAUAAAGGAUUUUAUUGGGCUAUAUUGCGACAACAUUAGCUGUGUGAGUUUGGGACGAGCACACUGGCCGAGAAUUGCCAUGACAUCCUGUGUCCAUGGCCCGUCGGACACGGGACGCCGUGGUAACCAUUGUAACCAACACAGCAGAGAGCACUGGGACUAGAGGGUUUCCGGGUCAAACAGGAUCGAAGGAAGAGGUCAUCUUCUUCCUCUCUUCGGCAUUAAAAGCUACACAGUGAGCUGUAAUCGACAGGAAAGUGGUGACCUUUUGGCCCCCGGCCCUCGUCCCUGCUCUCUUCUGCGUGGGUGGACAUCUGACCUUCCAAGCGCUGCCAGGGGGGAGCAGCCUGGAGAGUUGGCACCUAGUCAGAGGCAGACAGAGGACACACAGCGGUCCACACACGGACACAAACACACACGCACGACAAAGCAAUGAGUUUUUAGCCAACACACCUCGCAGCACAUGGACGUGAGAUGUUCUCUCAGGAAAAGCCGAAUUACUACAGUGGGUAACAGCUAUAACAUUCCAGCAAUAAUGUGUGCAGAGCCAUGAAAAUGCAACUCAUUCCCUGGGGAUGUACAUUUAUGCGGGAUGAAACUAAGCCAUAGUAAUUGCGCUUGUUUUUAUACAGUAGUUUCAAUUCGAUGCCACAAACGCAGUAUAAUUAAAAGUAUAAUUAACAGUCUCUUGGCUUGCAUGCACUUGUCCAUCCAUUAAGAGCAACCAUAAGCACAUAAAAUGCACUCAGUCGCACCACAGUGAGACCUGACUGCUCUUUCUCUGUCUCUGACGUGGCCCAGUGUGCAAAUGUCUCUGCCCCCCUAGCCCAGUGCAUCCCCCCCUCCUCACCCUCUACCUUCCCCAUACACCCCCACUGGGUCCUCCUUUUGGGAGGGGUCCCUGGCUGGAGACUGCGGAUUCAAAAUGUAAAUGAAGUCGUGUUAACCCUACCCACGCCAUCUGCAUCGUGUAGUGGAGAGUCGUACCGUGGUUUUUGUUUUUUUGCAAACCGCUUUUCUCAGAGCUGGUUUGUUGUUUGUCCUCCUGAUUUCAAUUCCUCUGUUGUCGUCGUAUGUGACUUUCACUGCUGACCCCUUUUAACGCUCCCGUUCAUCCGUGUUGGGCUGUUCUGUUCUCAACAUAUUAGCUAAAAUAGGUCUUUAUGGAAAAAGUAAGGUGUAGCAGUUCAACCGUGCAUGCGUCAUUUUAUUUAAAUUUCAGGUGGGUAUGCACUUAAUGCACUGCAUAGAGCGGUGCCAAAGCGAUGCCAAAAUUCUUUUGAGUCAGCAUUUUCUGUAUUGAACAGCUGUUUGUGCAUGUGUUAAAAAUAUGAUGAAUAAGAGAAGCACAUCACUCAGUACGUUUGCAUGCACUAAAUAAGUCAGAUUACUGAAGUAGUUAGGGUUUCCAGAUUUCACACCAAAGCCUGACUUCCUUGUUUAUAUGCGUUUUCUCCACUGCGAUUAUCAAUUAUUGUGCCUCCCAUAAUGCUACAUCGCGCUUAUGCUCUUUUUAGCGCGGGUAAAUGUUUGGCUUUUCCGGUUGACCUGUUACGUCACACAUAAACAAAACGUGUUGCCAAAUCUGCUUAUUAGAAGCGACUUCGGCCUUGUUUUUUCUAACGUCGCUUCCAAAUUCGUACGUUCCCUGUUGCUUUAGGCUUGUUGGCUGAGAGCUAGUUGCUUGUUUCUCUCGCGAGACCUUGCAACUUCUGCUUCUCGGCUGCCAGCCGCUGCAAAUAUGCACGAGAAAGACUUAUACAGAUACUUUUCCGAUCAACUAUGUCUGCGUUGAAGUGAUUAUUCAAAACAAUUACCUGCCAGACACAACUGUUGCCCUCUAUUCAACGUAUGACGAGCAUCUUGACCUGGAUAGCUAGCAGUUUGCGCAAAAAGAAUACAGGUCGCCGCAGCGUGAUGGAUACUUUUUACAUCACAAAACAUGACCGUUCUUCCAUUCGUGUUUACGCAUACAUUGAACAGCUACAGGCAACAACCACUGACUAUUGACACAUCUUAGCUUGAACUGCUACUAGUAAUACAAUUAACUGUGGUUUGCGUCCCGCCCUGGAGAAUGGCGGGAGCGCAGAACGCCGCCUCCACUCCAGUAGACAUGGAAGAGACCAGUUUCCAAUCGCAUAAUCCGGGUAUGUUAAUCUGACUUUUAAAAAGUCAAACACAAUCUAAUUCAAGUGUUUACAUGCGUGUGUAAAAGCUAGUUUUACGCCAAUUCCUGCAAUUUGUUUUUUGAGGUGCGCCUGCGCUCUUUCACACACCCUCUCCGACAUGAGCUGGAGCAUCUCAAUCAUGUCGCAUAAUUAGAAUUGUAAAUUAUAUUAUUCAUGUAUGUAAAAUGAUUAAUUAAAUCAUGUAUAAUUUAUACAUUUUUUUCUGUUUUUGAUUGAGCUGAUAACCUGCUUUAAUAUGUAACGUUAAAAUAAAAGUUUUAAAUAUAUUUUUUAAUAAUAAAUAAAUAAGAUGUAUACACUUAAUUAUACAUAUUAGAAUACACUUCAUACAGCUUUAUAAUCAUCAUACAAAUGCUCAAUGACUUAUGGCAGUGCUCCCCAAACCCCGGGCCGUGGGUCAUUUGGUAAUGGGCCGCACAGAAAGAAAAAAUAAUUUCCAUUAUUUCUUUUUUUAUGUUUUAUUUUGAAAAGUGGCCGGAUUCUCUCUGUUACAUCCGUCUCACUUGACGCAUGUCCAUUGUGCGUGUGCUAACUUUCUCUCAUGCCGCACAGAUAGACUACUACUGUAUUUUACCAUUUUUCUUUCACCUCAUAUUUGGUGUCAAAUGCUGAUACUAUGUGGGAAUGCAUAAAGGUAAGUUUUGAUGACUUAUUGAGUGCUAAUGUGUACAUUUGUCUCAAGUUAAUUCAUGCUAGCGCACUGCCUUUUACCACACACGUCAAACAGCGAUGUAAUAAUCUCUCUGGAAUGUGGUGGGUGAAAGCAGUUCAACAUUUUGUAGGCCUACCGCAAUGUUGAGAACAGAAUUCCCCCAUCACGGUUGCUUCCUCCCCCUCAGCCAAAGCCACUCGUAUUCCCAUCCAUCCUUACCUCGCUGUGGAAACUAGGUUUAGAGGACAUCUGGAAUGUCCAUGGUGAUUUGCAAUGGUGUUAUUGUGUGCAAUGUAAGAGUUGUUAAGGGUGAGAUUCAUUGUUAUCAUCCUUCUCCUCCUCUUUUCCAUUCUCCUCCCUUUGGAAAUGUUGGCCCCUUUCGUGUUCCGAGUUCACAGUGUUAGGCUGGAGUAUGGUCGUGUGGUAGUAGACACGUGUACUGUGUGGUUGUUGAGUCAUUUGUUGUCGUGUUAUGAAUCGUGGCUCUUCUAGACGCCACGAAGCAGUUGUUAGAUUAGUGAAGUUUAAAAAAUGGAAGGGGUGACCCAGGUUCCCUUUAAAAAAUACAAAAACCCUCUCAUACCUUACCCACUCCUGAAGCAUCACUGGGACUUUCCUGCUCUGGACUGGGAUAUUUCUCCGGACGUGAAAGCCACUGACUGUUCUGUGUGUGUGUUUUGUUACACCUGAAGAACAAAACCAUCAUCCUACAUGACUUUGACACGUCCUGGUCAAGGUUGGAAAGCGAUUGUAUCCUCUCCAAAAGAAUCAGCUUGUCUGCAGCUUUAUUGCUAAUGUUUUUGCAAGGAAGCAAAGCCUUUUAAUCGACAUGGCUUGACACUUUUCUCAGCAUUUCUUCCAUAAAGCCCUCAAGUCACUUUAAAGCCGAAGCCAUCGCCUCACUCUCAGCUCGAUUCAUCUCCUCUGCUGUGAUUCUUGAGAAAGCAGGCUUAGCAAUACAACCCCCACCCCACUUAUUUCACUCCUCCGGUUCGCCCUUGCCUGCGGUUGGUUUAUCAUCGUCGAGGAGCUCCAUUUACAGCAGCAGCAGUUUCACUAUUAGGAUAUGUUCCAGUGGGGGAUGCUUCAAAAUAAGACAAACCCCAGACGCCAAAAUAAAAAAAAAAGAAACAAUGGCACAGCUAUCAGUGAGGCCUGAAUUAUUUAGCUCACUCUGUUGUAUUUUCCCCCAUUAAUUUUUUGUCAUUUUUAAAAGGGGCUGUCACUAUUUUGGUGCAGAAAAUGUACGAUUUUUACUGUCACCUUUGAGAUUCAGGGUUUAAAGCCCGAGCCUUCUGUCAUUGUGACUAUAUCGCCUCCAAAUGAAUCCAUCUCCUGCUCCAGCUCCCACAGCUGCUAUUUUGAUUGGAUUAGUCUUGAGUUGAAUUAGCAUAGCUGAGGGGAGCAUUAAUAGGAUGACAGGGAAGCGAGCUUGGCUGAUGUGGUGAUUACUUAGCCUAUUAGUCACAUUUCCAAAACAGACCUCUCUGAGGCGGGUGCCAUGGAAAUACUGAUUUCUCUGCCAUCGUAAUGUGAACCAAUAAAAAAAGGCCACAGUGCAAAUAUAGACACAAAUACAAAUUGCUGUUAACUUAUAGUUCAUUUUGAAGAGUCAUGUAGCGAAGCUAUGAUGGCUGCUUUGGUUGUACCGGACCUACAACUGCUCCAGUUUAACCUUGACCAGUUCCCUUUUUAGUGCGGCAGUACUUCCCUCUAGUGGCGAUAAGGUGCAACAACAAGCUAUUCUGCCGCAACUAGGCAACAGCUUUUGGUUUCUGGGUUUAAAAAAAAUGCUGAACAGACCAACUAAAGCCUCCAAUUGAUCAUUGAUUGAUUGAUCCGAUUGAUCAUUAAUCGCCACCGUCACAGAUGAUAAAAAAAUGCUUUCUUGUGAUCAUAGCAGGUGAAAUCUAUGCAUGGUUUUUAUAUACACUCAUUGCCAAACGCUUACCUGCGUCUAUAUGGGGACCAUAUGGGGAACAGUGUUGCUGAAACUAGCCGCCACGUGAAACCAGUCAAAAAAGUGUGGUCAUUAAAACGGUACUGUUCACGUGGGAUGACAGUAAUCUUAACACACACAGAAUGUCCUCAGACGUGUUUAAAACAAAAAGUGUAGAUAAUUGUGAUGGUAUUCCAAGCGGCCUGGUGGGACUGAUCAAUGCUGUGUGGGGAUCGGAUUAUAAAUGGCGUACCUUCAUUGAGUGGGGGUGUAAAGAGAGCUGGUUGUCACUCAUUCCUAUGUUUACACUGUACCUUUUAAUAUGAAUCGAGAACAUGAUGGUGCCAGAGUUUUCUCAUUGAUUUAACUUUUCUCUGACAUCUCCAAUCCUCAGAGGAAGCUGUUAUCGACAGAACUCUGCAUUUAUCCAAGAGCCGCAAUACAAAAUACAGACCACAUCUAAUUUGGUCUUGUUUUUGCUCUCUUUGGUUCUGUCCUAAGUGGCCUGUGAAACCUCUUGGAAUGGUUGCUGAGCGCUCCAACUAAAUGCAGAGCUGAUGUGAAAGCAGACUGAUUGGAUGGCUCAGAACAGGCGACCAUUAAAGCAUUUCACUAGCACAUGAAAAAGAGACUAUUAUAAAGCAUAUGUGGACUCUGUGGACUCACUGAGCAUCCGGCUGGCUAUAUGGACACGUGAGCAUAAGAGAGUGUGUAUAUACUGCAUCUAUUAGCCAUAUUGUGUCAUCAAAAUCUGUAGACUUUAUUGCCAUGUCUGACAGAGGAAAAUGACUGUUGACUGUAAAUAUUGUAGGUAUAGAAAUAGAUUUACUUGUAAGUAGUACUUCUUUUCUCUGGGGAUGUUUUGCUCAGACCCAUAGCUACUCGGCCUCCAUGGGAAGGGAAAGACAAUAAUGUAUAAUUGCCAAUAAAAAAAAACACAAGAGUUUCUUUUUUCAUUGUAUGUUUUAUAUACUGUCUGUCUUGUAAAGUUAGUCAUUUUUGUCAUAAAAGCAUGAUGUGACUGUCGAAA